CUAUUCCAUUAUCUAGGAGCUCUUUGAAGCCUUACUGCCCCUAUUGCGACAACAGUAAGCACUCUCUCAAUAACUGCAGCAACUUUAAGCAACUUACUAAAGACCAGAAACAAAGCUGGAUCAAAGAAAAUAAUAGAUGCUGGCGUUGUGGCAGAACACAUAAAUCUGCAGAUUGCAACCUGAAGAUGCGUUGCAGACAGUGCAGCAGCCGACACCUUAUGGCACUGCAUGAAAUCAGUGUUGGAAGGCCUGAAAACCCAAAGCUCACUCAGGAUGAAUCUGCAGACCCAAAGACUUGUCUGUUGAACACAAUGCAGGAGAUUCUCCUUGUUCAUAAACCACCAACUAGUAGGAAAGUCCUACUUAAAAUCUGCCGGGUGAUUCUCAGUAAUGGAAGCAAAAAGAUGAAUGCCUAUGCAAUUCAGGAUGAUGGAUCUGAGAGAACCAUAAUCCUCCAUAGUGCAGCUCAACAACUUGGCCUAACUGGUCAGCCUGAAGAACUCCCACUUCGAACUAUUCGACAAGAGUUGCAAGUCCUCAAAGGGGCAGCUGUUUCAUUUACCGUCUCACCCAUUGCUCAGCCUACUAAACGGUUUCACAUCACUAGUGCCUUCACUGCUCAGCAGCUAAGUUUGGCAGAACACUCACAUCCAGUGAAAAGUCUGAAGGAGAGAUAUCGGCACCUUAAAGGACUUCCACUCCAAGAAUUCAAAGCCGUCUGCCCUGUAUUGCUCAUUGGGUCAGACUAUCCCCACCUGAUCACCCCAGUGGAACCAGUCAGGCUAGGGCCACAUGGGGGACCAGCUGCUAUAAAAACUCGUCUUGGUUGGACCUUGCAGGGUCCAGUCCAACACAUGCCGAAAGACGUGACAGAACAGCAUUGUCUUUUCACUUCAGUCACAUCCUCAGAAUCUGAUCUCUACAAGCAAGUAGAGAAAUUAUGGCAAAUGGAUGUAUUGCCAUGGCGCAGCGACAAGGCUUGCAUCAGAUCCAGACAGGACCAGGAGGCUGUGGAACUUCUGGAAAAGAGAACAAUAAGGGUUGAGAUGGAUGGAGUGAAACGAUAUGCAACACCCCUCUUGCGUGUCAAGAAUAUGCCUGAACUCAAGGCACCAAAGGAGGCUGUUUUGUCACAACUGAGAUCCACUGAACGGAGACUGGCUAAAAAUCCACAGCAAGCAGCCGCCUACAUCACAGAGAUUGCAAAACUGGAAAAAUCAGGUUAUGUUAAGAGAGUGCCACCAAACGCUGUGACAAACACCCCCUGCUCCUGGUACAUCCCACACCAUAUGGUGGAACACAAUGGCAAAAAUCGCAUUGUUUUCAACUGUUCAUUCCAGUAUCACGGUCAAAACCUCAACGAACUUCUGCUUCCGGGGCCUGUGUUGGGGCCAUCUCUUCUUGCUGUUCUCCUCAGAUUUAGAGAACAUUCUGUUGCGGUCAGCAGUGAUAUCAAGGGAAUGUUUCACCAAGUUAGACUGCUUCCAGAGGACAAACCCCUUUUGCGCUUUCUCUGGAGAGAGCUAAAUGUCCAGGAGCAACCCACUGUGUACGAAUGGCAGGUUCUCCCCUUCGGCACUACUUGCAGCCCCUGCUGCGCCAUAUUUGCACUGCAAAAACACAUUCUUGAUCAUAGUCAGCCCGGGGAUGAUGUUCAGAAUUCAGUACUGAAAUCCUUUUAUGUAGACAACUGCCUACAAAGUUUCACUUCAGCUGAAGCAGCAAAGAAAUUCGUGGACAGAAUUAAGAAUCAACUGGCAGAUGGAGGUUUCGAGCUAAGACAGUGGUCCAGCAAUAUUCCUUCCACCAUAAACCACCUGCCCCCUGAAUCUAUAUCAAGCAGUGCUGAACUCUGGAUAUCGCAAGGCAAAUCGGACAUUCAGGAAUCAACAUUAGGGCUCCUCUGGAAUCAUCAGUCUGACACACUCUCCUACAAAUAUCGUGCCAAAGAUAGUAGAGAGACUACAAUGCGUAAUAUAUAUAGAAUACUGGCCAGUCAGUAUGACCCAUUGGGCUACCUCAUUCCUUACACCACUCGUGCCAAGAUUCUUGUACAACAACUGUGGGAUAAAAAACGGGAUUGGGACGAUCCACAUUUGCCUACAGAUCUGCUACAAACAUGGACUGAGUGGGAGGCAGAGUUACCAGCUCUACAAAACAUUGUCAUUCCUCGAUGUUACUGUAGUGCCAACAAAGACACAGAAACGAGCCUAAGAGAUAUGCAUGUUUUCUGUGAUGCCUCUGAACGUGCUUAUGGCUCGGUGGCAUACCUUCGAACAGAGGACCAGUAUGGACAAGUGGAGGUGGCAUUCCUAACCGCCAGAUCUCGUGUAGCACCAAAAAAACAACAAUCUAUCCCCAGACUGGAGUUGUGCGCUGCACUGACUGGAGCUCAACUCUCCAAAGUACUCUUAACUGAACUGAACCUGCCCAUUCGCCACACAAUCUUGUGGACCGACUCCACAACAGUACUGGCAUGGUUACAGUCUGAAUCAUGUCGAUUCAAAGUAUUUGUUGGUACUCGGGUUGCAGAGAUCCAGGAGCUAACUGAGCAACACUCCUGGCGAUAUGUACCCUCCACCAGCAAUCCAGCUGACGACAUCACUCGGGGAAAGAGUCUCUGCGAGCUCAACUUGGAAAGUUGCUGGUACCAAGGACCACAUUUCCUAAAAGAUCCGGCUAAUCAGUGGCCCGAAUGUCCUAGUCCUAAGGAAAUAGACAGAGACGAACUACGCAAAACUGGUACACAUGUACAGGUCUGCUUCGCAUCAUCAGAUUACAGCCAGUUUAAGACCCUGGAGGAACUAAUUGAUUUCACAGCUCUUCAAGGGGCGGCCAAUGGUAACCCCACAGCCAGUGACUAUAGGCGUGCUGAGAUUGAUGUCCUGCAAAAAUCCCAACAAGAAUCCUUCCCAUCAGACCUGACCCAGUUAAAGGCUGGUAAAUCACUUUCCAGCAAUAGCAAGCUAAGAGCCCUGACGCCUGAACUUGAUAUCGAAACUAAUUUAAUCAGAGUUGGCGGACGUCUACGACAUAGUCCAUAUCUGGGACCUGAUAAUAUGCACCCCAUCAUCUUGGAUCCAAGACACCCGACAACCAAGCUUAUAAUUCAAAGUUACGAUUCAAAACUUCGUCAUCCAGGUCCAGAGAGAUUGUUUGCCGAAAUCCGCCGGAAAUACUGGAUCCUGCGUGGUAGAGAGGCCAUCAAGCACUUACAACGAGAAUGUUUACAUUGCCAAAAAUGGAGGAAGAAACCAGAAGUACCUAGAAUGGCCGACCUUCCUCCAGCAAGAUUGCGGCUCUUUAAGCCGGCCUUCCACUCUACUGGCAUGGACUGUUUUGGGCCUUAUACUGUCAAAACGGGGCGACGCAAUGAAAAGAAAUGGGGAAUAAUAUUCAAAUGUCUUACCACUAGAGCAGUGUACAUUGAUAUACUUCACAGUCUGGAAACCGAUUCCUUCCUUAUGGCUCUCAGGCGAUUCACAGCUCGACGAGGAAAGCCACAGGAGCUCUUAUCUGAUCAGGGAACCAACUUUAGAGGUGGUGAGAGAGAGCUGAAGGAAGCUUUCACAGCUCUUGCCCCUGAUCUGCAGAGUCAACUCGCCAAACAGCAAAUUGAAUUUCAUUUCAACCCUCCUAAUUCACCCCACUUUGGAGGUUGUUGGGAGCGAGAAAUUCGCUCUUUGAAGAAUGCCUUGAUGGUCACGCUUGGAAAUCAGUCAGUGACCUUUGAAGUUCUUCAAACAGUGCUGGCAGAAAUUGAAGGAAUUCUGAACUCCAAACCAUUGGGAUAUACCUCAUCUGAUGCUUCCGACUCUAAUCCCAUUACUCCAAAUUGUCUCUUAAUGGGGCGGCUGGAUGCCUCACUCCCCCUGACAGUGUACCCCCAGUCAGAACUGGUCAGUAGACGUCGAUGGCGCCAUAGUCAGAUCCUUGCGGACCAAUUCUGGAGACACUACAUCAAAUUCUACCUCCCUGGUCUUCAAAGCCGCCAGAAAUGGCAAAAUGAUACUCCAGACACUCAAGUUGGCUCUACAGUGCUGAUAGUUGACCCACAACUACCAAGAUCACUCUGGCCUGUAGGAAAAGUGGUAGACGUACACCCUGGAGCCGAUACUAGAGUGAGGACAGCCAAAGUUCAGGUGGGAAAAAAGACUUACACACGACCAGUAGCCCGCCUCAUACAACUACCUGCUAUUCCAGAUUAAAUUAAGCUUAAAUCCCACAACAGUAUAAAGCCUUUUUUGUGUGUGUACAUAUUUCUUACAUAAAUAUGGGGGCGGCUGUAAAAAAGGCUGCAGCUUAUAAGUGCAAUUCUAACCUCUGUCUUUUGUCCUUUAUGAUGAGGCACCCCGCAUACACCAGAACACGUUACCUGAGCCAAUCAGCGUCCAGGAUCUGUGACUACGCAAUCUUCCCCACCCAAACAGAUUUUUAGUUUCUAGUGUAGCGAGACACAUAGACGGAUGCUAAAGUUUGCGAGGAAUAGAUCACGGACUGUUUUCAUCAUUGUUUGUCAGCGGUUGCCACAAGUGUUGUGCGUGAAUGCAGAAAAAAACCACAACACAAGUGUCAUAAGUCAAGUCUGUUGAGUGGUGACAAUAAAUGGGUUGUUCACACAAA